ACAUUUGAGAGGGACGCACCGCACGAGUAGGUUGUCCUCAACGCAGCAUAGACAGAACAAACUAAUGUAACUCCUCCAAGGGUCAAAUGAGUAGCAGUCCUAUUUCUUCUCAUCGCAGUUUGUAAUUCUGGAUAUGCCGCAUGUCAGGUGCAGAACAGGAAAGGGUCUGAUUCACACACUUCUCAUAGGAACUCCCUGUUUCCUCAGCUCUUACAUUCGACCAAAAUGAAGCAUUCGUCAAAUUCUUUAAUUCAAUGAAUGAAGUAAAGUCCUGUCCCAAUGGAAUACUGACAAUAUCCUGGCUUGGUGUUAACUGUUGAAAUAUGCUCUCAUGUGAGAUUAAGACAGGAAAACAACACAGUUACACAGAUGGCCUAAAUUGCUAAACAAAAGCACAGUCUUUAUCCUAACCUGUUAAACGACUGCUCCAAGAUGGCAAACCCCAGCUCACUCUUGGUCACUGAUGGGGCAGUGCAGAGGCAGGCUGAAGAGGAUCAAUAUAUCCUCUAUGGCGUGGCUGAAGAGGAUGCGUGUGAGUUGGGGUUCACUAGGAAGUAUGACCUCAUCCCAUCCAUCGUCUGCUCAGUAUGCUUUCUGUUCGGCCUCAUCUACUGCUUUUUUGGAUACCGCUGCUUUAAGAUGGUCAUGUUUCUGUCCGGCUUCAUGUUUGGGUCUGCACUAGUCUGCAUGUUGUACCAUAAGGAGCCUGUGCUGGACACCCAAUUGACUACAGAGACCAAAGCAGGCAUCCUCCUGGGAGUGGCUGUGCUCUGUGGCCUGGUGACUAUGCUGGUACAGACUGUGGGGUUCAUUAUUACUGGCCUACAUCUGGGGAGUCUGCUCACCCUUGCCAAUCUGCUGGUUGUCGGACAGUUUUACAGCCUUACCCCCCUAUGGGCGCCUCUCGGUGCCCUCCUGGCCACAAGCACCUUUUGUGCCAUUCUCACACUGCAGUGGCAGAAACUAUUCACUGUGCUCUCCACGGCUGCAGUCGGUGCCGCUGUGGUGAUGGCGUGUGUGGACUUCUUCGUAGAGACGUCGCUGCUGGCUGGCCAUGCGUACGACAUCCUGUCUCAGGUUCCCCCUCGUUCCCUCUGCUGGUACAGCUGGGUUAUAACAGGUGUAUGUCCUCUAUUCAGUCUGAUGGGGGUGCUGGUGCAAUGGAUGCUCACUGCCAAAGGAGUGUCCCACACAGGAGUACCUGUCAGUGGCCGACAAAGACAGGUCCAACUGAUGCGAAUCAGACGAAGAGAUGCCCAGAGACGACCCCAGCAGGGCACUUACCGCCAUCGCAAGCCUCCAAUCCUAAAGCGCUAUGCUUGGGACGUCCUGGCCCCAAGUUACAUCCAAAGCAUUCGUGACCGCCAGAUGGGUACAGGCUCCUCUACCAACAGCAACAGCACAGUCAACCACUCCAUGAUUGACUUUGAGACAGGCUCCAUGGUGCCCCUGACUGCCUCCUCCCUAGUCUACAGGGUCUGAGGGAUGACCACCAAAUACUAGGCAUCCCCUCCCAGUUCCACUUAGGUGCCCUAUACCUCUCUCCAGCAGACCAUUCAUAGACUGUUUGAGACGACAGAAUGAUUCUUGAGACAAAAUUCAAAAUACUAAAUCAAUCUGUUGUUUUGUUUAUUAUUGACAGUCUUAAGGUAUCAGACAGUCAAUUGACAGUAAAUCAAAUUGCUUUAUUUUAGUCAGUUUGUUAAUAUACAUUUUUGUGAAGACAUCCAUUGUUAGUUUUAUGCAGUGUACAAGGGGGGAAUUAUACAUUUAGUGAUUUACACACUUUACACACACAUAAAACAUUUUUCUAACUCGUGUUAUCAAAAUAAAUAAAAUCCUUAAAUGUUACUAUGUUUCACCUUAGCGGGUUAGGUGAUACAUUGGCUAGGCUAUACGGUAUGAAACUCCUGCCUACUUCCUGGAUUGUGUCACUGUUUUUGAAUGGCCUUAAAGAUUAUAUCAUAACAUUUAUGAAGACGGUAAAUUAAAAUAAAUGUCAAAUUAUACUCGUAUUCGUGGAUGAAUUUACUUCGAGGUAAAUUAAGCCAUGAAUAUAAUUGUACAUACAGUUGAAGUCGGAAGUUUACAUACACUUAGGUUGGAGACAUUAAAACAAGUUUUUCAACCACCCCACAAAUUAAUUGUUAACAAACUAUAGUUUUGAGAAGUCGGUUAGGACAUCUACUUUGUGCAUGACACAAGUAAUUUUUCCAACAGUUGUUUACAGACAAGAUUAUUUUACUUAUAAUUCAAUGAUCACAAUUCCAUUGGGUCAGAAGUUUACAUACAAUAAGUUGACUGUGCCUUUAAACAGCUUGGAAAAUUCCAGAAAAUUAUGUCAUGGUCUUAGAAGGUUCUGAUAGGCUAAUUAACAUAAUUUGAGUCAAUUGGAGGCGUACUUGAUGUAUUUCAAGGCGUACCUUCAAACUCAGUACCUCUUUGCUUGACAUCAUGGGAAAAUCAAAAGAAAUCAGCCAAGAACUCAGAAUUUAUUUUGUAGACCUCCACAAGUCUGGGUCAUACUUGGGAGCAAUUUCCAAACGCCUGAAGGUACCACGUUCAUCUGUACAAACAAUAGUACACAAGUAUAAACACCAUGGGACCACGCAGCAGUCAUACCGCUCAGGAAGGAGACGCGUUCUGUCUCCUAGAGAUGAACGUACUUUGGUGAGAAAAGUGCAACUCAAUCCCAGAACAACAGCAAAGGACCUUGUGAAAGAUGCUGGAGAAGACGGAUAUCUAUAUCCACAUUAAAACAAGUCCUAUAUCGACAUAACCUGAAAGGCCGCUCAGCAAGGAAGAAGCCACUGCUCCAAAACCACCAUAAAAAAGCCAGACUACGGUUUGCAACUGCACAUGGGUACAAAGAUUAUACUUUUUGGAGAAAUGUCCUCUGGUCUGAUGAAACAAAAAUAGAACUGUUUGGCCAUAAUGGCCAUCGUUAUGUUUGGAGGAAAAAGGGGAAGGCUUGCAAGCCGAAGAAAAUCAUCCCAACCGUGAAGCACGGGGGUGGCAGCAUCAUAUUGUGGGGGUGCAUUGCUGCAGGUGGGAUUGGUGCACUUCACAAAAUAGAUGGCAUCAUGAGAAGGGAAAGUGAUGUGGAUAUAUAGAAGCAACAUCUCAAGACAUCAGUCAGGAAGUUAAAGCUUGGUUACAAAUGGGUCUUCCAAAAGGACAAUGACCCCAAGCAUACUUCCAAAGUUGUGGAACAACAAAGAACAACAAAGUCAAGGUAUUGGAGUGGCCAUCACAAAGCCCUGACCUCAUCCUAUAGAAAAUGUGUUGGCAGAACUGACAAAGGGUGUGUGAGCAAGGAGGUCUACAAACCUGACUUGAUUACACCAGCUCUGUCAGGAGGAAUGGGCCAAAAUUCAAACUUCUGACCCACUGGGAAUGUGAUGAAAGAAAUAAAAGCUGAAAUAAAUCAAUCAUUCUCUCUACUAUUAUUCUGACAUUUCACAUUCUUAAAAUAAAAGUGGUGAUCCUAACUGACCUAAGACAGGGAAUUUUUACUAGGAUUAAAUGUCAGGAAUUGUGAAAAACUGAGUUUAAAUCUAUUUGGCUAGGUGUAUGUAAACUUCCGACUUCAAUUGUAUCUUAAACAACGGCAUUUUCAUGAAUUUGACGAUGUAAUCUUGAAGGCCAUUCAAAUGCGGUGGGACAUGAUCCAGGAAGUAGGCGGUUCUUUCAUACCGUAUAGUGUUGGAGUGAAAAUUUGGUUCUGGAAGCUGACGUCUUACAUUAGAAAUGGAGAGGAAAGGGCCAGGGCAAACUGCAGUGCAUUGUCCGGUCUCAACAGCUUCUUCCCCCAUGCUGUGGCCCUCAUCAACCGGCCAUCGGACUCAUAGGGAUUAAGUGACUUUGCAUUGGACAGAUUACUACACCUUGUCGCCAAUGACCUCAAAUACUAAUCUGCACUAUGUACAACACUGUAUACAUUUGCCACGGCAGCAUCCCUCGCUCUGCUUAUAGAUAUAUCCCCUCUGUAAAUGAUACAUCUCCACUGUAAUCAGCCUAUGCACCAGAGUUUUCCGUUUACUGUUCCGAUAUUGUAUAUUCUGUAUGAUGUCUAUGUGGACUAGUGUCUGUAUUCUGUUUGUAUAUUGUCUAUCACUGGCAGCACCUUCUCACUAAGGCAAAUGAUUAUAGGUGUGUGUAAAUGUACUUGGUGAAUAACGGUGAGUUUGAAAUAAAACACCACUGACCUCUAAAGGCC